CUGAUUAAUUUUGUUCGAAGUUUAUUUAAAUAAAUACCAAAGAGCGAUAUGUUUAUAUUCAAUGCCAGCAAAUUGAUUUUUACCUACUUGCGUUAAGAUAUAAGCGAAAGCCUUUAAACAUAUCAAGUUAUUAUAAAUACAUAUAUUGUGUGCUGUUCUUAAAUCAAUUAAAGAGCUAAAAAAAUAAAAUAUAGUUUCUUUUAAUAGUACAAUGGAUGGGGAACAUAUGUGCGUACCACCGGAAAAGUCUUUUCAAGCAUAUAUAACAAGAGCUAAAUUGCACCCUGCAAAAAAAGAUGAAAAAAGACACAAAAAAGAUGCCACAAGAAAAAUAUCUUCAAUAUUCAAAAAAUGUGAGUCACUAUAUACUCUGGAAGACUUAAAACUAAUAGAAAAACAUCCCGAUAUUGUGAAACAAGUUCGGAAACGCAAAGAACGUAUCGAAAUCUACAAAGAUAGGGCUAUUGAGAAGGAGGAUGAUCCCCGUGUAAUAGAAGCAAAAGUACAGGAGCUGGCAGCUAUUGUGUCGCAAGCAAAGCAUUUAAUAUGUUAUACAGGUGCUGGUAUAAGUACUUCUGCGCUAAUACCAGAUUAUCGUGGUAGUAAAGGUAUAUGGACACUGUUACAAAAAGGAGAAAAUAUUGGUGAACAUGAUCUUUCCGCUGCUAAUCCAACAUAUACGCAUAUGGCUAUUAAUGAACUGCAUCGGCGAAGACUGUUGCGGCAUGUAGUAUCCCAAAAUUGUGAUGGGCUACAUCUACGAUCAGGUCUACCACGAUUUUCGCUUUCUGAAAUUCACGGCAAUAUGUAUAUCGAAGUAUGUAAAUAUUGUAAACCAAAUGCUGUGUAUUGGCGAUUGUUUGAUUCGACGGAAAUGACUGCACGUUAUUCACAUAAAACAAAUCGUCUCUGUCAUAGAUGCGCAGAGCCAUUAUGUGAUACUAUAGUACAUUUUGGUGAACGAGGUAAUCUUAAAUGGCCUUUAAAUUGGGCAGGUGCUUGUCAGCAUGCCGAUAAAGCAGAUGUUAUAUUGUGUUUAGGUUCAAGUUUAAAAGUAUUAAAGAAAUAUACGUGGCUAUGGCAAAUGGAUCGACGUGCUCGCCAAAGACCUAAAAUUUGUAUAGUUAAUUUACAAUGGACCCCAAAGGAUAAUAUAUCAACUAUUAAAAUUAAUGGAAAAUGCGAUCAUGUAAUGAAACUCUUAAUGAAUGCUCUAAAUAUAUCUGUACCAAUUUACACAAAAGAAAAAGACCCAAUUUUUGCACACGCUUCUUUACUUAUGCGUGAAGAGCUCCAUACUUUAACUCAGCCCUUACUUAAAAAAACUGAAGAUAUAUGCACUACAACAACAGAAGAAACACAAGACUCGGCGAUAUCUAGUGAUAGUUAUAGUGAAUUACCAAUAGGAAAGGGACCUAGAAUACGAACACCAUUAAAGAGCAACACUCGCAUUAAAACCAAUUUGUUUAUGAGACAAAAAAUUCCUAAAUUUAUGAUUGAAUCAUUAAGCACGAAUGAUAAUAAAGAAACUGAGUUCACAAUCGAAGAUAACCAAUAUGUUAGGGAAAGAGACAAAUCAAAUAAAAGUGACACUUCGGAUGGAUUGGUUUCUAUGCCCUUCAAUUCCAAUGAAAUAUCACAUGAAGUUGCAUGCACAACUAAAUUUGAAAUCGUAAAAACAGAAAAUAUAUCAGAAGUAGCAGAUAAGCAGAAAGUGUAUACAACAAAAACUUUAGAAAUAAAGCCAGAAGUUUAUGAUAAAUUAGAAAAUAUACAUGUAGAAAAUUUAUAUUCAGAAAAUAUUAAAAUGAGCGAUAAUCAAGAAGAUCUAAAACAGAGUCCUCAAGCAAUAGAGGGAAAGAUUGAUACCUCUAUGUCAACAGUUAUUUCUUCGAAGUUAUCUAUAGGUGGUAGAGAAGACUUAAAAUUUGAAUUGCUUCAAAUUAAUUAUUGUGCUAAUUUAACCCCACAUUCAAAACUAAAAACUGUUACAAAUGAUUCUUAUCAAACCAUUGAAAACUUCAAAUCAUCAAAAUUUAAAAGUGGAAAUAUAGCUGAUUCGCAACUGCAGCAUGAAGAUGAUGACGAAUGUGAAAAUUAUGUUGCUCAAAUGGAUUUAUUAAACACAGCCAAGACAAAUCGCGUCAAUGGUAGCAAAAUUACGCAAUUGUUACUAAAGUUACCCUGUUGGUACGAUGUUAAAUAUGCAUAUUCAGGUUUGCACAGCAUCGUUUAUCCUCCGCCUCCUGAUUUGAACAUUUGGAAUACCCAAGUUGUUCCAAUUUUCGCUAUGAACCGUGAAGCUGCAAAAUGUGAAUUUUGCUUUGAUAACUAUGCGGAAUUAGAAUGUCAAUUUUAUAAGAAAUGGCAUCUAAAUGAGCGCAGCAGUCGCAAGAGAACUCGUAGAGGAAAAAAUUUGUAUUGCGCUUGCUGCACCCAAAGUGAUUACGAAGAGGAUGAUUACGAUGAAAAUAUAUCUUUAGCAUAUAUAGCCGCCGCUGAAGCUGCUAAGCGAGAACUACAAGAAAAUAGUUUCCCUAAAAAAAUAAUCCGUACUCAAGCUGGUUGGUAUGGCAAAGGGUACAAAAAAAAUAGACGCCGUAAAUAAGUAUCAUUAAUAAUUCAUCUGUAAAAACCGUUGUACAAAUUUAUUUUGAUCCGAUAAAGUAUUAGUGUACUCAUUUCAGUGAAUUGAAUUUUUCUAUAUGUGAAGUUGAAAUAAACUGAUAUAUGUCAACUGUUUAAUUAAAAAUCAGUAUAUAGUAUCUUUGAACAUAUUCAUCU